AUGGCCGACGUUGAGUCGGGUAGCUCCUCAUCCCAUGAUGGGAAGGAAGUGACCAGCGCAAACGGCUCCGCUGGGCAAACUGGUGACGCUAAACCUCUUCCCGAGGGCUUGGACAAGCGCUCGCUGUCCAUGAGCAUGCUGGAAACCGUUGACCUCGAAAAGGACGAUCUGGAUUAUGUGAUGGCAUGUCUGAAGACCUCUCGUGAGGGGUUGAAACCCGACGUCGCAGCUCGUCGGUUGGCCAAGUUCGGUCCGAAUGCGUUGCCGGAGAAGAAAGUGAAUCCCAUUCUUGAGUUCUUGAUGUUUAUGUGGAACCCUCUGAGCUGGGUGAUGGAGGCCGCAGCGUUAGUCGCUAUUUUCCUGACGAUUCCUGGAGGCAAAACGCCAGACUGGGAGGACUUUGUGGGCAUCCUUUUGCUUCUGCUGAUUAACGCGACGAUCGGUUUCAUCGAGGAACGGAAUGCAGGCAACGCUGUGAAAGCGCUCAUGGAUGCGCUGGCGCCACGAGCGAAAGUGCUGCGAGGGGGUGAGUGGAUCGAGAUCGAAGCCAAAGAGCUGGUUAUCGGCGACAUUGUCUCCCUGAAGCUCGGCGAUAUCGUCCCAGCCGACGCGCGCAUCAUGAGCGGCAAGGAUAUUAAAAUAGAUCAGGCAGCCUUGACCGGUGAGUCCCUUCCGGUUGGCAAAGAGAAAGGAGACAUGAUCUACUCGGGCUCAGUGGUCAAACAAGGAGAGUUCUUGGCCGUUGUUGUUGCAACCGGUAUGAACACGUUUUUCGGAAAAGCAGCUCACUUGGUGAAUCAGACUGAGAGUGUCUCGCAUUUGAUGCAAAUCGUGUCGGCCAUUGGCUUGUACUGCAUGGCCUGGAUCGGAACUUUUGUGCUCCUGCUCAUUGUCACCCAAUGGCCGAUACAUCUAGAGAAUUACCGACACGGAAUCAACAAUAUCCUGGUGCUGUUGAUCGGUGGUGUACCCAUCGCGAUGCCAGUUGUUCUCUCUGUCACGUUGGCGAUCGGUGCACACGAACUUGCACAACACAAAGCUAUUGUUACGCGCAUGACUGCCGUGGAGGAGCUCGCGGGAAUGACAAUUCUCUGCUCGGACAAAACUGGUACCCUGACCCUGAACAAGCUCACGAUUGACCAGGAAAGUUUCUUCACUAUGGAUGGAUACACCGUGGAUCAGGCUAUGAUCCUCGCAUCGCGUGCUUCCAGAACAGAAAAUCAGGAUGCGAUUGACUUUGCGGUCGUGAACUCUUUGCCGGACCCCAAGAUGGCCCGCGAAGGUAUCGAGGAGCUGGACUUCCAUCCUUUCAAUCCUGUGGACAAGCGCACGGAAAUCACAUAUCGGGAUAACAGCGAUGGAAAGAUCUACAAAGCUACGAAGGGAGCUCCACAAAUCAUCCUUGGUCUUGCACACAACAAGAACGAAAUCGAAAAGGAUGUUCAUUAUCACAUCGAAGAUUUUGCGAAACGUGGUUUCCGCGCACUUGGUAUUGCAGUCGCAGAGGUGCCGUCUGGCGAGCCGCACGGUGACCCUGGUCCGUGGACAAUGGUCGGUCUCAUGCCGAUCUUUGACCCGCCCCGACAUGACACCAAGGAGACCAUUGCUGAAGCUAUUCGAAUGGGUGUGGAAGUCAAGAUGAUCACUGGUGACCAGCUCGCUAUCGCGAAAGAGACCGCUCGUCGCUUGGGAAUGGGCACAAACAUCUUCAAUUGCGACGUUCUGAACUUCAGCGAUCAGCGCGCUUCAACGGAGCUCGGCGCCAGUGUGGGCGAGCUUGUCGAAAGCGCGGAUGGCUUUGCUGGUGUCUUCCCAGAGCACAAGUACCGGAUUGUGGAAGUGCUGCAGAAGCGUGGCCACAUGGUCGGCAUGACAGGUGACGGUGUCAAUGACGCUCCUGCUCUGAAAAGGGCCUCGGUGGGUAUUGCAGUAGCGGGUGCCACAGACGCGGCCCGCGGUGCAUCGGAUAUUGUGCUCACGGAACCUGGUUUGAGCGUCAUCAUACACGCGAUGGUCAUGAGCCGCCAAAUCUUCCAGCGUAUGAAGAACUAUUCCAUGUACGCGUGCUCAGUGACGGUGCGUAUUGUCGUGACAUUUGCGGUUCUGGUCUGGGCGUUCCGAUUCAAUAUGCCGCCAUUCAUGGUUCUUAUUCUUGCAUAUCUCAACGACGGUACAAUUAUGACGAUCAGCAAAGACCGAGUCAAGCCAAGUCCGAUCCCGCAACGAUGGAAUCUGCGAGAGGUGUUCAUCGUGGCGUCGUCGCUGGGGCUCUACCUCACAGCAAGCACCGUCAUAUUCUACGUUACGCUUUUCAAGACGCAGUUCUGGCAUGAUACCUUCAAACUGGAGCUGCCAUGGCUGAAAACACCAAAGCCUGAUCCAAACUAUUUCCAGCUGCACUCCAUCAUAUACCUGCAAUGCAGUAUCAUCGGACAGGCUCUCAUCUUUGUUACUCGUGCACACUGGUUCUUUUUCAUGGAUCGCCCCGGUCUAUUGCUGAUGUGUGCGUUCGUGGUUGCCCAGCUGGUUGCGACGUUCAUCUGCGUAUACGCGAACUGGGGAUUCACCCAGAUCGAGGGAACAGGUUGGGGCUGGGCCGGUGUCGUUUGGGUAUGGAAUGUAGUCUGGUACGCUCCUAUGGAUCUCGUCAAGAUCGGCGUACGCUCGAUCAUCACCGGCGACAAGACGGUCAUCCAUAAGCUUUUUGCAGCCAGGCGCAUGUUCAGCUUUGACGCUUCUAAGCACGGACGCGAGGAUCGCAUGCCCAAGAGCAGCAUUGAGGCUGCACAGGCUCGCGCUUCUGUGCAUCGCUCGAUGGAGGCCUAUCGAGCGUCCUUGCAGAGGAACGUGAACUCUCUGGACUGA